GCCUUACAAGAACACUGCACUUGCACCCAAGUGUGAACAAAAAGGGUCAUAGCUCUCUCCCCUUUUCUAUCCUUUUUUGUGCUUUAAAAGCAGCAGUAGAUCUUGGAUGCUUCAGAGCUUUGAAUGCUCGGAUUUGGUGGCCGCGAACAGAAGCUGACACUUUCUGUGUGGGAACCGGGAUCCCGACCUCCGAUUCUCAAGGAGCCUGCUGUUCUCUGAUAGUUCUCCAACCUCUGAAACUUAAGCUUCCCUGGAAGGUUUCUGAGCAAUGAAGCCACCAUUGGAGAGGAACCCUACCAAAAAGCGACAUUCGUGGUGGUGGGACAGCCACAUUAGCCCCAAGAACUCAAAAUGGCUUGCUGAAAAUAUCCAAGAGAUGGAUAAACAAGUGAAGGAAAUGCUCCAGCUGAUAGAGGAGGAUGGCGACUCCUUUGCGAAGAAAGCACAGAUGUACUACCAGAGGCGUCCAAUGCUCAUCAUCCACGUCGAGAAUUUUUACCGGAUGUACCGUGCUCUAGCUGAGCGCUAUGACAAUGUUACCGGUGAAUUGCGCAAGAACAUCCCUACAAGGUUGCAGUCAACAGGAUCUUUAACCGGUUCAGAGUGCGGUUCUGAGCUGCAGAGAUCGCCCUCACCAUCUCCUGAACCACUACAGAGGUCAUGGACAAGGGAGCAGAGUCCUAGAGCUGCUGGCUUCGAUUUCUUCCUGAGCAACAAGAAUAAUGACUCGCCAGCAUCAAGGAAGGAGCCUGAGGACUUGGCCUCGCAGUCAGAGUCUGAUGCCAAGUCUGAAGAUGGUGAGGAUGAUGGCAUUGCCUAUACGUUGCAUCAGAGAGUUCUUGAGCUAGAGGAUGAGCUCAAUGUGGCAAACCAGAAGCUGCGUGACGCAAACGGAAAGCUUGAGGUUUUGGAGGAGGAGAACUUGAGGUGCCACUGUGAUUAUAAAGAGAAUGGCAACGGUGCUGAUCAAACUACAAAAGUUUCAGACAUGGAGGGAGAGCUCACGGCGACAAGGGAGAAGCUGCAAUCUUCACUAGAAGAGAUUGUCAAUAUGAAGGAAGAAGUGAAUUCAACGCGAAAGAAAUUUGAAGAUGAACUGUCUGAAAGAGAUGCUGAAAUCAGCAGGUACAAGGAAGAGCUUGCUGAUGCUUCCGAAAAGUUGCUGCAAGAGAAGUCCGCCAACGGUGCACAGAUUGCUGAGCUGCAAGAAAUGAUUGAAGACAUCAGGUUCAAACUAGAGAAAGUUUCUGAAGAGAAAUUACUAGUUGAGAACCAUGUUAAGGAGCUGGAGGAAGCAAAUGCUGAAGCUGAUAAGUACAGUCAAGAGCUAACCCAAGCUACUGAAACGCUUUCAGAGGAGAAGUUCAGACAUGAAGCUGUGAUUCUCACAAUGCAGCAGAGCAUUGAAGAUCUGAAAUUCGGAAUUGAGAGCCUUACUCGAGAGAAAUUGUUGAUGACAUCAUGGUUUGCGGACUUGGAGCAAGUUGUGGGGCGAGGAAGGAGCAUUUUCACCGAAUAACCGAGUUUUAUCCGAAAUAUCAAUAGCUAUAAGUUAGCAAGUUAGCAACAUUUUUUUCCAUACAUAUAUCACCAUGCAAAGUUAAGAAGUCCCACCAUACGUCAGUGUAUUUCCGUUCUUUUUGCUGAGCUUUUACUUAUGACGUGAUGGAUGGUGGUGAUGUACUGAUGCUAUAUGAGAUAUUGCACUGAACGUACUACCUGGCAAUAAACCUGGUGCAUUUGCAAGUUCAGUCCCAAUGCACUGAUGCAUUUUA